AUGAUUAAGCAUCAUUUCAAAUUAAAAUUCCCUAAAUAAGAUGUAGUUUAAACUAAAUCUUAAACUAAAUCCACAUUCUAUAUAGCUAGAAGAAUAAUCUAAAGUACUAGUGAUAGAGCAAUAAAUAUAUUAAACACUAAAGGUAUAGAUAAAAUAAAUAAUGACAAAAAGCCAACUCCAACUUCUUCAAGAGCAUAUACUACUUCUCAUUAUAGAAGUUAUUCAACAACUCCAACAAAUUUAAAAGGAUAAUAAUCAUAAAAUUUGGAUGAAUAAGCAUAACCAUUUAAUACAGAAAGACAGUAAUCAAUUAGUUUACUAUCAUCAGAAUUUAAAAUUAAUACAUAACCCAAAUCUAAUAGGGUAGUGUCUCUAUAUUAAAUAUCUCCCAAAGAAGUACCUAAAACUAAUAUAAUCAAUCCUAUUUUUGAUUAAGAGAAACAUUAUUAUUAAUCUUCAUUUCGUUCAGCAAAAGAUACUUAAUUAAAUAAGGAUGAUUUAAUAAAGAUAAAUAGAUAUCAUAAUGAUUUAAUAGAUGAAAAUCCUAUUAUUAUGAAAUAAGAAUCUAAAAAAAAAUAAUCAAUAUUUAUUAAUAUAACUUAUUAGGAAUAUGAAAGAAAAUCAAAAUAAAUAUUUAAGAAACAUCUAUAAGGGACUUAAAAAUAGCAAAUCUUUUUAUAAAAAGUAUUAAAGAAUAUUAAAGAUUCAUAAAGUGAAAAAUCAGAAUCAAAGUCAUUAGUUAGAAAAUAUUCUAAAAUUUGGAAAGAAAACUUUUCUUAAACGUAGUUUUAAGAGUAAUAAAAAUAUUCAAAGUCUUCUUAACAAUUUAAAUUGUAUUUUAAUUAGUUUAUUGAAAAAUGUCUUAAUAAGUUUCGUUUAUAUUAAUAAAUAACUGAAUUUCUUGAUCUUAUUGAAAAGAUACAAUAAAUAAAUCUAAAUUUAUUUGAAUCUGUUCAUGAUUUAAGAAAACUUUAUAUUUAAAAUCAUAAUAUUAAAGUAAGCCAUACAGAAAUAAUAGAAGAUUUAAAAUUUAGAUACAAAAAAGAGAUUAUUUCAUUUGGAAUGUAAAUAAAUAUUAUUAAUAUAGAAUAGGAUAGAUAUAUUGACUGAAGUAAAAGAUGAUGAAUUUUAAUCAUAGUAUUUUUUACCAGAUUCAUAAGGAGAUAUUGCUAUUAAACCAAUAGAAUAUUUUUAACUUGAAAUAACAAGAAAUAAUAAUUUAUAUUAAAUAUGUCCAAUUAUUAGUAAAUUAGAUAAUCAUACAAAAAAUGAAUUAUUGUCUGUUGAGUCUUUAGAUAUGGAUAAAAUAAUAUAUUAAAAUAAUAUAGAUGAAUUUGUUCCGAAUAUUUAAAAUAAAAAUAUACUAUUAAGAAAGUUUAAUGCAUAAUUGAUUUAUAAAAAAUAUUCAGAUAUAUUAAUAGGUAAUUAUUAAAAUAAUAAUGAUAUUAUUGAUCUUGAACAUAAUAAUUAUCUACAAUAAUAACAAUAAUAAAUUCCAUUAAAUCUAGAUAAAAAGGCAAUGAUGAUGAAUCUUAGAAAAUAAACAAGAGAUGCUAAAAUUUAAGCUAGAAAAUCAGUAUUAGGAUUUUAAAAUGAGAAUUUAAGAAGUCAAAAGAUUUCAAUAAAUCCUAAAUAUUAAUCUAAUUUACUUGUUCCAGAAGCAUCUGAAUUAUAAUUAAAAAGAAGAAAAAGCAAAUCAUUAUAAAAUCUUUCAGAGAUUGAAAUAGAUUAGGAAGAUGAGAUUAUUAAAACUAAUGAAAGUGAUUAAGGAGAUAUUAUUUCAAAAUAUUAUAAAGAUAAAGUAUUAUUUAUAUUUUUUAUAUUUAGCCUGUGAAAUAUAAAUAAUAAUUAAGAUUAUAAAAUUUAUAAAUAUUUGAUUAUGCAAUAAAACAAGAACAUUCAGGAAUUGUUGUAGUAUAAUUAAUGAUUGAACAUAAUUUAUUAGAUGAAUUAAUAGAUUAUUUAAGAUAAAAUCCAAAUUUUUCUCUUAAUUCUAGAAAUGCUAUAGGAAAACCAUUAAUAAUGAUUGCUGCAUAAUCUGGAAAUAAAGAAUUAGUUUAAUAUAUGAUCAAUUAAAAUGUUCUAUUAAAUGUUAAAGAUGUAAAUUUUCAGUUUAAAGAUAGUUAGAAGGGAAUACAGCACUUCAUUAUGCAGUUGCAUAUGGAUAUUAUGAUAUUGCUGAUCUAUUAUUGUUAAAUGGAGCAAAUCCGUAUAUAAAAAAUAGAAAUGACUAAAAUCCAUGGAAUUAGAAUUAAUAAUUACUACAAAUUAAAUGA